AUGUCAAACGCACAAUCUAUUGAUUCAUUAAGAGAGGUAAAUGCUAGGCUCUUAGUUGAGAUUUCCGAACUCAGGAAGAAGUUUGCAGAGGUUGAGGCUGAGAAUGCGAAGCUGAAGCAGAUUAUUGAGGAAAAUGCCAGGCGUGAUGCUAGAGUUGAGGAAUUAGAGCAAAAAAAUACGGAGCUUGAGGCCAGACUCGCGAUAGUGGAACAGGGUUCCUUGGUAGUGGAUGAUCAGCUACAUAAAGAAGCAAUAUCAAAGAGGUUUGUAGAGCAAACCGUAUCAGAUGUUGAUUUAUCCAGCUCUGUGACAGACCAGCGAAAUAAUGAUGAUGCCAAGACAUCGGAGGAAAAGGAGAUGGAUGCCAAAGACUCAUCCUCCGUUACUUCAGACAUGACUCACUGUGAGGAGGACCCCUCCAUGACUAGUGCUGAACUUGUAACUCUUCCAGAACAGGUAGUCAAAGAAUCGAUUCCAGCCUGUAAGUCAGUUACCUCUAGUAACAAAUCAUCUGCUGGGACAUCGCCAGUAAAAUCACCUAUGGCGGACAAACAGGUUCUGGCUUCUGAGAACACAGAGACAGAGUGUCAAAAAAUUCCUUAUAAUCAAAAAGUGGAGCAAGAUUUGAGGCGGGAGCUAUCCUCCACUGAAGUUGGUGAUGGUAAGAUUAAUAAGGCGUUUGAUAUUCAGAUUCCUGAACUCUCUUUAGAAGCAAUUCUGAUAGGAUCUAGUGAAGUUACGGCACAGAAUAUAGUUGAUCUAUUUAGAGUAGCAAUGAAGCUUAGACGUAAGGAGAUUUUAUGCUGGUAUUGUUACUAUAAAGCAUAUGAGGAUCGAGUCAGGGAUGUUAAGUCUAAGAAUGGUGUUGAUGACAAAUCAGCAAGAACAUUGGUGUACAGCGAAAUCAAACCCCUUCUUCCUGACAUUACUGAUGUAAACUUGCGUAAAAUAACUUUCAGAGCUAAAAAAAUCUAUAUAUUGUUUGAUGGGAUAGGAAUAAAUAGAAUCCAAAUAAUUAGCUGUAGCGCAAGUGCCAUCUCGAAUUUAUAUGAUAAUCAGAUCCAGGACAUUAUAGAUGAUUUCCCCAAAAAAGCUACUAAUACAGAUGAUGAAGACUCCGUUCCAAAUUGGAACAGACACGUGACUUUGAAAACCAAUAAGACUGAGAUACAAGCGGAUCCCUUGGGAGUAAGUACAUCGGCAAAUGUAUUAUCUACAUCCCAAUCUAAGCCAACUUAUGACCGAUCCUAUUUUAGAAACAAGACAUUGGAUCAAUAUCCUAAUUUAUGUAGGGAAUUUAGUAGUGAAAAUUUCGAUUAUUAUGGCAUUACUGGCGAGACAUCAUGCCCGUUAUGCAGUUUAGAUCAUGAUGAUGAGGAAAGCAUAGAAGGUAGGUAUAAAUCCGGAUCUUAUUUUAUUAAAUGUGAACAGCGCGAAAUUGAGUUAACUGCAUAG